UAGAUUUACGGUGACGAAAGUUUCGCUGAUGAAUUUGAACGAAAUUUAAUUUGCUAAUUAAUAAAAUAACCAGCGGAAAUGAUGCAUUAAUAUCAAGAUGAAUGCAUUUAUAAUAUUAUUGUUGAUUUUCGUGGCAAUCCAUGCAAGCCUUUCUUGGCUAUUACCCGCUGUGUUGUCAUGGCUGUUUAAACGAAAGUAUCACAUCAAGUUGAAAAUAGGCAGGAUCGCUGUGUUGAAGUUGAUUCUAAAAGAUGUUAGUCUAUCCAAAGACAGAUAUAAUGUACACAUCGACGAAAUAUCAUUCCGUAGCAGUUUCUUUAACUCGGAAAUUAACAAGCUGGUGUCCCUUGUGAUAAAGGGCGUAGAGGUCACCAACCAAGUUGAAGAAAAGAGGAGUGUUGUUGUUGAGACCAUUCUCAAGCCUCUGUUGUCCAAACAGAACUCUGUUUCAAAGAAUGAGGCCAAUGACCAGACUACCAGUGUGGAUGCUCUUAAUCCUAGCUUGAGCAGGAUAGCUCAGGGGAAAAUACUAGAUUUCAGAGAUAAGAAGUUACCUCAUAGUUUGAUUAUGUUUGCUCAGUUCAUGGGUGUGCAUGUAUUCAAUGUAUCAAUAACCAUACAAAAUGCACUAGCAAACAACACUACGCUGAAUGUCACUGCUGUAGAGGUCCAUGCAGAUGGAGCGGCUGGGGGGCCCGCGAGGGCUUUGGUGUUUUCCGCCAACCUCGUCCAAGUCAAAGCUAAGAUCUUGAAGGAAGGUGGACGGUUAGCUGAAGCUGGCUGUAGCUUGCUGAUUGAAGGCACCGUGAAGGCUGAGGGCCCACUUAACGUUGAAAAAAUCCACGCAGUAGUCACCAACACAACAUUAUCAUUCCAAGAUGAGUUGUUCCAGCACUUGCACAGGAAUAACGUACCCAAGCAGAGACAAAGGCCGGAACUGGUCACAGAAGACCAUUUGAGCACUCUUAUCCCACGGCUGUCCCCAGUUAUACCAAAGAUAUUUAGUCUAAGAAUCGACACCACCCAUGUGAAAUGUGUGGACAAUCUAACGAAAACAAAUGCCGAGAUGUCUCUGCAAAGUUUGCAAAUAAACUCAAGAUUCAGCGCUGCGUCAGUGAUCCUCACCGACUCCGGGGCUGUGGUGACAGGCGUUCCACAGGUGUACGUGGCGUUCCUGAUGGAUCAGUUCCAGCUGACAGCGGACAGGGAGCAACUUGUGGUGUUGCACAAACUAAAACUGGAUGCAAAGCUAGAAAAGGGUGUGUUAAAUCUGUACCUGAUACUCAGCACACUAUCCGUCACGUACGACCACGAGCGGGCGUUCAACUUGUACACGGCGGUCGUGGAGCGCGUGAAGAAGGCGAGGGCGCUGCAGGUCAGGGGAUACACUCAAGAGUCUGGCAUCCCCCCGUGGGUGUCCCGCUUCCUGUCGCUGUGCGUGGUGCAGGGCUGCGCGGAGCUGCGCGCGGCCCGCACGUCGCUGCGGCUGCGGGGCGGACACGAGCUCGCCGCCGGCUGCGCGGGGCUCAAGGUCAAGCUGGAGCAGCUGCCUGAGCGCAGGGAAGAGGAAUACAGCUGGCGGGUGGCGCAGCUAGUGGUGGGGCGGCGGCACUGGAGCGCGGAGCUGCUGCUGGACGGCGGCUGGGCGGCGCGCGGCGCGCAGCCCCCGCCGCGCCGCGGGCACGCCUGGGGCGCCGCGCUGCUGGCCGUGGCGCUGCUCAAGUGGGGCAGCCACGGGCCCAGGGGCUCCAAGGUCGAAGCGAUGAUAGACUCCCUCCGCCUCGAAUGGAGCAAGACCAUGGCAGAGACAAUAAUCGCCUUAGCCGAAUGUCUAGACCAAUACAGGUCUCCUAAACCCGCCCCCCUCCCGAAACCGACUCCAGUUUCCCCCACCAACGUCACUAUGACCGUGGCCUUAUCCCAUAUAAACCUGUUUCUUAUCAUCAAUGAGGAUAUGUGCCUGAUGAUCAGGAUUGACGCCGUGACCUUGGAGAAGACUGCGGUCAAAUCUGGGGCGCUGGUGUCUGGGUUGAAGGUGGUGGAUAUGGUGCCUUAUAAAGGCAACGUCCCGUGUCAAAGAUCUGACGAGAUCGCAUCAGCAUUCUUCCACGUCAGAAUGGCCAGAAUUGAACACAUACCUUCCAAAGAUCAGAACUCCUUCUUACUAGACUUACAAUUCCUGGAGAAUGUAGAUUUUGAAUGGAGCGCUAAUUUGCAUCUUAAAAUAUUCACCUUCAUCAAAGCUGUGAAGGCUUUUAGAGAAGAUUUUAAAGUUAGGAAAGAAAGAGAUGAAGAGGUACCCGUGCAAGAGAGGAGGAAAGGGAAGGCGAUAGAUUGGAAGAUAGGCUUCAAAGGAGAGACCAAUUUAGGACUGAUUCUUUCGAAAGAAAAUAACAUACUUUUUGCUACAGACGACAUGACGAUAGCUUACGACCACGAGAUGGGUUUGUCGAUAGCGUGGAGUAUACUCAAGAUGAUACUGAAUGGAGAUGAACUGUUGACGGUGGAAGGUUUCUCCAUGGAGAGGGUGUCUGAUGACCACGAUGUCAGGGUCGAGAGGAAGGCGAACGAGGGUUUUGUACUCGUGUGGAAUAAAGUUUGGUCGGUAAAUGUGGACUCAGUCCGUCUGAUAUUCCCGUACAAGCACCGGUUUGCGGACGCGGUGCAAGGCGACCUGGUUUCCUUGUUCAAGUGGGUGAAGAUUGUCCACGGGGUUCAGAAGAAACCAUUCACUUCUGACAGUCCUUUACCUAGUGAUUUGAAUAUUAAGAUUGAAGAGAUCCUAAUCGAGAUGAGUGACGACCCGUUCGAGGUGAAACUGCGGGACAAUUACGAGCUCCUGGAGGACGAAUACAAGGAGAGUCAGAAGAGGCGGACCAUGCUUGAUGCGAAGGUGCAAGAGCUAUGCAAAUCCCAUCUAUUUCUGCCGUCCGGUAAAGUGGAAGAACUCUACGCGACGCUCCAACAAAAAGACGCACAAAUCUACGUGCAGCGCUGCCGAGCGGCCCCGCCCCCUCGCACGCGAUUGGUCGCCUGCUGCUUGUCUAAAUUACACUUGAUCGCAUUGGCCGAUCCCACUAUACAUGGCACGAGGAAUGUAGUCGACGGAUUGAGGAAUGUCGACUUUGAUUCCCCCUGGCCAGAGGACGGCAUAGAGUUCACCACUCUAUGGUGCCGUGCGGUCUCCGUUCGAUGUGCGCAAUGGCAACUAUUGCUAAGGGACUUCCCCCAACCACUGCUUCAUAUGAGUGCUUUGCGGCUGUGGGGGACGAUACGGGCGGCCGAAGAAAAACCACCACCUAGAGCUGUGAGAACGGUGGAGAUAGACCAAGGAGAGCCGUGGGGCAAGAUGGAGCUAGAACGGAGCAUGAUGCCCCUCAAGUGGUACUACGACCUGUGUUGCGAAAUGGCGCAGUUCAGCUACGCGUUCGGGCCUUGCUGGGAACCUGUCAUAGCUCAUUGCAAUUUGUCUUUCGAUCAAGUAUCUCGGCCAUCUUUAGAUCCAUCCGCCCCGCUAUCGUGGUGGGACAAAGUCCGCCUGCUAAUGCACGGACGUUUGACCGCCAAUUGCGCAAGAUUCACGUGUUUGUUGCACGUCUCCCUAGACCCUUACAAUACCACGGAGGAGAUGGAAGUCACCUGGACAGAUUUGGUGUUAGACUGGACCAAUGGCAAAUUAGGUUUCAUGGGCGAACUGAACGUGUUCGUCCGGACGGCGAGUAAAUACGACGACUGCCGAGUGCUGAGAGUGCCCGCGUUGCGGCUCGCCGUCAAACUCGGCUGGCUGUGCGUCGGCGACCCGAAGGACCAUCACGCCGUGGCGCCGUGUGCUCCUACUAGGAAGCCAGAGUAUUCAAGCAAUCAGGAACACGACUCGUACCGAGCGUUCCGCUCACAAGGACUGGACGUGCAUUUGAGUAUGGACACGAAACCAAUAGACAAAGACGGACCGUGCUUACUACUCUACGGAAGUACACUCAGAUGGUUCGAGAGUCUGAAGCUGAUUCUAUCAGGUAUAACCCGACCGACUAGGAGAGGCCGCGUGUUUGGCAACGUUAGGCCUCGCAAGCCGCAGUUGUCACGGCAUUACAGGAAUUUGAGUGUGUCGCUCACCCUUCAUAAUUUGCAGGUAUUCUACUGGCAAUCUUCAUCAAUGCAACGCGGUAUAGAAAUGCUCGGAGUGCGAGUAACUUGCGGCUCCAAGCAUCGCCUGUCAUUGGUUCCGUCCAAUGAUGGCCUGGUGCGGAGGCCCAGGGCCAACUGGACCACGGUGUACAUGAACUGCGAUCUGAACGAUGCGGAAAUAUGGCUGAAGACCAGGCAAGCUGCUUCCGAGGAGAGGGAAGGCGAUGAGAAGUCAUCAGUAUUAGCCCCCAUGGCGAUGGAGAAGUGCUACUGCCUGUCGGUGCGGCGCGUGUCGUACGGGCGCGAGGCGGGCGGCGGUGGGGGCGGCGCGGGCGUUGCGGGGGCGGGGGGAGUGGGGGGAGCGGGGGGCGCGGGGGCGGCGGGGGGUGCGCCCACGCACCGGCUGGCCGUGCACGACCUGCGCGGCGCCUGGACCAAGCUCAACCGGGACCUGGCCUUCGCUCUCAUCGACACCUACAUCAAGACUCAGCAACUGAAGAAGAAUUUGUCCACCAAGGCGCUGAAGGAAGAAGAGGCUGCAGCUUCUUCUCCGAAACAUCAACGAGAGGCGGAUGUUGUGUCACCGCCACCGACUGGAUCCUCUCAGAGCGGUGGAGCCGGCAACGUGAGCGCCGGCGCGGGGAUGCUGGCCGCGCUGGUGGCGGAGGCGGGCGGCGACGCGCCCGUCGUGUUCAGCGACGAGCUGGCCGGCACGGACGCGGACGCGGCUCCUGCGCACGCGCCGGCCCGCCCCACGCUCGACGACGACACCGCGCACACCGCCUGUCUCAUCGAGCUGGUGAACUCCCAAGUGGUGCUCAAAGGCUGCGAGACCCGAGGCUACGUCAUCCUCUGCGCCGCCCGAGCGGAAGUGAGGCAGCGUGUCCGGCGGCAGCCCGCCGCGUCGGCGUGGAGCGGCGCGUUGUCCGCCAUGCAGUACUACGCGACCGUCUCCGCCGGCGACCGCGACCAGUUGGACGAAAACAUCCAGUGGGUGUCGGUGGAGGAGAUAGAAGAGAGGUGGUCGGGCGCCGAGAUCAGCACAUUGCCGGACGUGCCCCGGCUGGUAGGCAGCGGCCACUCCGCCGGCGGGGUCAUCGGCCGCACUGUCGGGCCCAGCGCCGACGCCGGCCUCGCUCAGUUACAACGCAUCGUCUCCCGCUGCGCUUGCGAGUUCUACUACACGUCCGUGGAAGAAGCGGAGCGGACGAACUCGGGGUCUGGCUGGCUGAGCAGCCCGCAGCCCUACGACUCCUUCACCCUGAUGCACCACGACCUCGACGUGUGCACCAACUCCUUGCAGUACGCCAUGCUGCUGGACGUGGUCAACAACGUGGUCCUUCACGUGGAGCCCGAGAGGCGUCGCACGCUGGAGCGGCGCGCGCGCAUGCGGUUCCAGUUACAGUUGCAUCAGGACCAGGAUCCAAGGCAUCUGAUACACAAGCUUCAGACUCAGGUCCGGGAAUCUCUCGCUCGUCUCCGACGCCUGGAGAAAGACUACUAUCUGAAAAACCGCUCCAUCACGGGCAACGACCCCGCCGCUUUGGACGAGCUGAAGAACUUGGAUGAUCAGGUGAACGAGUGCAAAGAGUGCGUGUGGUCGCUCGGCGAGGAGCUGGACGCGAUGGUGCGCGCGUGGCGCGAGCUGGGCCGCGAGCUGGGCCGCAGCGCUGCGCCCGCGCCGCGCGAGCCGCUGGCGCCGCCGCACCGCCUCAACGAGAUCUGCUUCAAGUCCGCGCGCUGGCGGCUCACCGACGCCGACGGCCAGCUGGGCAUUGCCGAUUUGUUGCUCACUAAUUUCUUGUACACGAAAACAUCCCGGUCCGACGACUCGGUGGAGCAUCAGCUGGAAGUGGGGUACAUGCGCGUGACUAACCUGCUGCCAAACGAGCCUUUCCCGGAGGUAUUAGUGCCGCAAGCUGCGUCGGGCCGCGCGCCGCUGGCCCGCCGCGCGGCGCUGCGCGUGUUCUGCCGCGACCGCCCGCCCGUCGGCGGCAUCGCCGUCAAGGAGCACUUCGAGGUCAACAUUGUGCCCUUCAACAUUGGACUGACGAAGAAGUUCUUCAACACCAUGCUGAAGUUCUGCUUCCCUGAACGCGACCCCGACUCCAUAGAGGACGGUGAGGACGAGGAGGGCUCCCUGAAAGCCAGCUCAUCGACCAACCUGGUCUCCACCGGCUCCAAGAAGGCGAAGAAGAAGAGCAAAGACUCCAACUCCAACUUCUACGUCAAGAGGGAUAAGAAGGAUAAAGAUGACGUGGAGAAGAUGAAGGAGCGUGCCGAAAAGAACAAGCUGUUCAUCUACAUCAAGAUCCCGGAAGUGCCUGUCCGCGUGUCCUACAAGGGCAGCAAGGAGAAGAAUCUAGAAGACGUGAGGGACUUACCCCUGGUACUGCCUACCCUGGAGUACCAUAAUGUCACGUGGACGUGGCUGGAUUUAUUGCUGGCCACUAAGAGCGAUACGCGGAGGGUGAUCCUGUCGCAGGCCAUCCGCCAGAAGCUGCAGCUGCACCGGCGAGCGGCCGCCGCUCCGGAACCCAGGGAGGAGGACAAGGCCAGGCUGUUACUUGGCGAGAGGACGGUGGCAGAGAACAAACCGCAUAAGAAGAGCACACCAAGUGUGUUCAAAUUCUCCAAAUCUUAGCCGUAAAGUUAGUACCAUCAUAGAUUUCGGAAUUAUAUGAGACCAUAGAAGUCGUAAAUACUAGUUUAUUUGACGUGACACCGUAUCGGUUUCAUAUUGAAUCUCAUUUCUGACAUCUUUGCAUUUGCGCAGAAAACUGCGUGCGUUGCAAGACGACGACAUAAUAUUCCCAUUUUUUUUAAACUACAUAUUUGGUUUUGGUUGCUACAAAUAAACAAUCAAUCAAUUCAUAUUUUUUAUUCUUUAAAUCUUCAUAACAUGGCAUUAUUACAUAGGUUUAUGGGACUCAUCAAUUAAGUUUGACAAAACCUGUGUCCGGCAAGUCCCGCUCUUAAUAAACAGUGGCAACGCAAUGCACUAUGAACAAAGUUAUAAUUCUACAAAGAAAGGUUCAAUUCAAACUGCAAUUUAGAAAGAAAAUUUCAUGUAACCGAUUUAAGCAAUGCCUCAUUUUCGUUGUACGUAAGCUUCUGUAACCAGGACAAGCAAUGCUCGUUUACAUUAAUUAGUUCGUUAAUACACAAUUAAUUGAUACAGAAUACCGUGCAAGUUUAAGAACUUUUCAAGUACAAAAUUGGCAUUUCUAUUGCUCUAUAAUAUUCCGAUUUCUUUGAGUGGGAUUAAGCAAGCGAAUCUGAACCAAAUGUAUACAAUAAGUUUGAGGCUAGUGGUAUAAAUAUUUUUGACGAGAAAAACAUUGUUUUUCUGAUGUUAUGUCCUUACUGUGAGAGUAAUAUUCCAUUCAUGGAUAUUAAGAGAUUUUAAUAAUAUCUUUCUUGUUCCAUAUUUUUUAUGAAUACCUACAUAAUAUGUAUUUCUAAUUAAUAUUUAUUUAAUGAGUUGUUUAUUAGAAUGUGUUUUUUUAAAGUAUUGGUGUUUAAGUAUUCAUAUAAUAAGAGACGUCUAUUUAAACAAAUGUUUGUAAUGUUUACGUCUGUUUUUCCUGUUUGUAAUUUUCUGCAGAAGAAAUAGUUUUUAAGAAUUUCAACGUAAAAUUGUGCAUAUCAAUGGUGAUUGAAUACAAACCAUAAAUAUUAAAAUAUUAAGUUUAAUCUUUUGAGAUUUAACGAGUUCUUGAAAAUAUUCUUAUUCAUUAAAGUAAUAUAACAAUUAAUUUGAUAUGAUAAUAAAUUAAUAAUAUAAAUAAAAUAAACAUUCAAAUGAAAGGGAAUGGCAAAUAUAUUUUUAGCAAGUAUGUUAGACAAAAAACAUAAAAUAAAAUAAAAAAUGUUAUAUUUAAUUAAAGUUACGAAUAUAAAUAUCGUUGCAUUAUUAAAUGUGAUCAUUUACAUAUAUUAAGAAGUCUAACCAACUGUAGAUUAAAAAAUAACGCGCAUCAAUGCAUUUUUCUCUUAUUAUGUGUAUUUUUUAUAUACGAGUAUAAUGUAUGUAACAUUUGAAGGAUUAACCUUACCUAAAUAAUGAACCUAAUAAAUUAAUCAAAAUUAUUUAAGAUUGGAAUAUGUGAGUUUCUGUAAUUUUUGCAAUAUAAUCAUGUUAAUUAAAUUGCAAUAUAAAGCAAUUUAGAUUUUUUCAAUUUUAUUUAGCUUAUAGGUAUUAUCACAGGAUAAUUAUCAAUAUAUGUAUAUCUCAAUAAGUAUUUCAUUCAAACUAUCCAUGGAAGACUGUUAUAAUUAAUUAAAUAGGUGAAUAAGUAUGUGAUUAUAUUUAACGAAUAAAAAAUAAGUUUCUUAUUAAUUAAUAAGUUAGUACUACAAAUUAAUGUUCAUUUUAAUUAGUUUUUUUUUAUUAGAAUGUGUUUUUUUAAGUAUUGGUGUUAUAAUCAGAUAAAUAGUGUUGUGAUUCACUAAGAUAUCCUUAAUUGUUAGAGUCAAUAUUUACUACCAUGCAAUAUAGUAUCUAUAAAUCUUAAUAUUUUCUAGGUGAAGUGUUUUUUACCAUUAUAGCAUUAUAUUAUUGUGCGACAAGA